AAACAUUAGAAUGGUAGUUGAUGGUAGUUAGGUUGUUGCCCAAUGAACCGUGUUGUGCAACUUUCAACCAAACCAAAGGGUAUUUUAGACGUAAGGUAUGAAGCUAGAAAGGGUUUAACCCUGCACGGAGAGCUCCAAAUUUAACAAGCAUGACACUUGAUGUAGACUUUUAUUAGGGCGUUCACACCAACCAUUCCUCCGUUACUUUCGUUUGGGAAGCUGCCCUUCCCAAGUCCCAACUGUGCUAAAAAAGCGCCCCUUUCUUGCUUAACUAACACUUCACCUCUUCACCUCUCUCUUACCUCUCUCUCCCUCGCUCGCUCGCUCGCUCGCUCUUUUUUUCAGUUUUUCUCUUUCAAAGAAGUAUCUUUCCAAGGAACACAGUUUCUUGUUUUGCUUUCCCAGUUUUCUGUUCAAUGACAAUGGCUAUUGUGAAGACGGCGAUGGCUCUGCUUAUCGUGGCAACGAGUCUUGGAGUGAAAUGGGCUGAAGCACAAGUGCACCAUGUGGUCGGAGGUGACCGUGGGUGGGAUCCUUCCUCUGACGUGGCAUCUUGGUCUUCCGGUAGGAGCUUCAGGGUUGGAGACAAAAUCUGGUUCGCCUACUCUGCUGCACAAGAAAGCAUUGCUGAGCUGAAGGGCAAGGAUGAAUAUGAGUCGUGCGAUAUCAGCAACCCCUUAAAGAUGUACACGGACGGUUUAGAUGGAAUCCAAUUGGACGGGGAAGGAAUCCGAUACUUCGUAAGCAGCAGACCUGAGAGCUGCAAGAACGGUCUAAAGCUACACGUGGAUGUGUUGCCGUUAGGGAGCCCUGAGACCGAAAAGCCCAAAAUCGCAGUGUCAGAGAACUCUGUUUCGACCAAGGCUGCGGCGCCCACAUCCCCUUCUGGAUCAGUCCAGCUUCACGUAAGCUCCAUGUUGUUAUUGGUUGGGCUAGGGAUUUGCUAUAUGGCUAUUUAGUAAUGACCUAGGCGUUCUACAACCUUUUGACUUUUAUGCUAUGUAUAUAUUCUGCUUUAUAUGAAAAAUCUAAUUUAAUUUUCAAAUAAUUUGUCUCACCUAUAACCUUUGGAAAAUGGCAAGCCAUGGAAAAUUUAUAUU